GUUGCAGAAGGUUUAGACUCCCCUCACAUAGGAUGGCAAGUUGUGUGCCAUUCAGACGUUUCAUAUUUUACACCGCUAACCUGUGUUUUCACGUGAUUAUCCCCAUUCACCUGCCACUGGCAACUGUUUAGACAGUCACCAUAGAAAGCAGGUGUGACAAGAUGGAUAGCGGUACCGACACGGUGCAACAAGAUAUCGGGCAGCGUGGAGCAGAGCGUAAACCUGAACAAGCGGAGUCAGAACCAGCAGAACCAAGGGUUUUCAUAAUCCACGCAGGAGAAGACAAAGAGUCAAUUGCCCGUCCACUGGUCAGCGCUCUCCAUGAACAGGGCUUGGACAAACACGACAUAUUUUUCGAUGAACAUUCGAUCAAACCUGGUGAAGGCAUUCGGGACAGAAUAGUGUCGACCCUAAAGAGUGACGCUCUGGAACUUGCCGUCAUUGUUGUCAGCACGUCAUUUUUAAAGAAAGACUACUGGCCAAAAUUGGAAUUUGAAACCUGUCUGGAAAACAACAAGCGUAUAUUACCUAUAUGGGUUGACGACAACCAGGACGACUUUAAGGCGUUCAGUGAGUUAGUCGGGAAGUAUUCCCCCACACUGAAGCAGCGGAAAGCCAUUCGAGUACAAAGAAACAGUGUCGCGGAUGAGCUGACGAAUCUUGCUUCUCAAAUUAGAAAGUGUCUUCCUCCUCCAGCUAUACAAGCCCUUGCGUAUCUACAACCAACUGGAACACCAUCAAGUCAUUCAGGUUCUUCAGAUGAAGAAAUAGGCAUCGGCAGAAAGCGCCGGUACGACAUCUGGGAUGGCGAUGAAGAAGUGAUAGAGAAGAAACUAAAGGAGGAAAAGACUCGUGAGCUGACCGAUUUGCAGCGGCUUCACGCGUGGGGGACGGUAAAAAUCGACCUACUGAAAAAAGCAGGAGAUCUUCUGUCCAAAGAAGAGAUUAAAAGACAGGUACAACAGGUGCUAUUGGAAAUAGACAAAGCCAAAGGCGCAGGGAUUAACAUUUUGAAGGUUAAAAGCGGCUGCGCAAUUAUCCACUUGGUUCCGAAGAAUGAGGAAAGCUUGGAAAGGUUUUGGGCUGACUACAAGUCUGGGAGACUGAGUAGUGACUUUUCAAGGUACCUCAUUACGGAGGAGAUGCGAGCUGUUGCUGGUCAGGACGUGAUGAUAAGAGUCAUCAUGCUGGAGGAGCAGUACAGGCAGUGGAAAGGUUAUCUGCAACUCAGAGAGAAAGCUACGGGCUCUCAGAAGCCAGAUGCCCACUCCUCUGUGCGUGAACAUACACCCCUGACAGCCACCUCACCUCUCCACAGGCUGAUCUUCAAGAUAUCUCAAGAACUAACAGACAAAGAUGUUCAGAUCAUGAAAGACCAGAUUCGCAUCGACCAGACUGAAGAUACAAUGGCUCCGUACGAGAAACUCACGAAUCUGCCGGACAUCUUCAAGAAAUUGGAAGCAGAUAACCACCUUGGGUCUGAUGACGACGAGAAACUCACCAAUACACUGGAGCUAUUGGAUGGUCUAGAAAAUUUCGACAGACGCUAUUUUGAGAUGGAUAUCGAGAACGCCAGAGUAAACGUUGACUUCGUCGGUCGGGAAAAGGAGAUGAAGAACUUGGGAAUCGACACUGAUGGGGACAAGACACACGUGAAAAUCAUUGAUAUCACCGGGUGUCCUGGUGUUGGGAAGUCUACAUUUGCUCAACAACUCUGCCUAGAGCAAAGUAGAAGGGAGAUUUUUAUCAGCUUAUCCAAGGUAACGAGAGUAGACAACAUGCUUCGUUUGAUUAUGCGAGAAUUUGGAGUCACGGAUAAUAUUGAUGGCGACGGCAACACCGACGUGGAAGCAACGGUGGCGCAUCUCAUAGGAACCUACGACGGCGAGGACUGCUCGCUCCUCCUGGAUAAUGCCGACAGCCUGUUGAAGAAGCCGGAGUCUCGUAAAUUCGCCGGUUUUCUGGCAAAGGUUCAGGCGAACCAAAAUCCCAAGGUUCAUGUCAUCGUUACGUCGCGAUCAUCCAUUAUGAGUGGGCCAGGCCAGGGUGACGUCCCAGCGAUAAAAUCGACCUCUGUCAACCUGAAGAUGCUAGAAGAAUCCACGGGAACCGAUCUGGUACAGGGACUUGUGGGAAAGGGUAAUAUCACGCGGGACGAGGCCCGUGAAGUCUACAAAAGGUGUAAAGGUUGGCCCCUCGCCAUCACAAUAGCAUGUGGGAUGAUACGGAAGGAGCAUCUGCGACCAUCGGAGAGUCUCAUCAAGGAUAUCAACAACAUCAGCGAUUUGCUGACCGCCGUAGUCAGUUCUUUGGGAAAGGAUAUGCUGGCCACGCUGAAGCUGGUGUCCGUGUUUGCCGGACCGUUCACCGUGAAAUCUGCCUGUACUAUCAUCGGGCAGCCUGACCGGCAGUCCCGGGUGUGGGACCAUCUCAGGGAGCUGAGGGCCCGCAGACUUAUCAAAGCGGAAAGCCACAGCAUAGAUGGAGCUGUCCGAUAUGACACACAUGAUGAGGUGCGGACGUUUAUGUCCACCGGUACCGUGGCCACCCACGCUGUUACUCCGGAGGACAUGGCUGCAGCUAAGUACAGAUUCAUGAAGCUGUACGAAGAAAGACUGACUACAGUUGCACAGGACAUGCAGAGGAACAUACACCAGGCCGUCUACAAGUACAAUAACGAUGUCGACAACUUUAACCACUUCCUUGCACUGAUACAACAAGAGACACAGGAGGACUAUGACUGGCGCAAAGAAAGAGACGAACAGCAUACUUGGUUGAUGGACACCAAAGCGGAGGAGGUUGGUGAUAGAAGCGCAGUCCACAUCUUACUCGAGCAAAUGAUGGUGGUGAAGGAAAGGAUUUCUUUCUACACUGGCCCAGCAAAACGAUUGAAGAAACAGAACACACAGAUCUAUGCUGAGAUGCUGUGUUGGUUGGCAGAGACGCAUCUCCAAGAGAAUAUGCAGAAGGAUGCCUGGGAUCGACUGGAGGAGGCAAGGAAGGCCCUGGAGGCCAGGCCAGACAGGAAAGAAGAAUCGGUUCAACUGAGCUUUGCAAGAUACCACUAUGUGUCAGGUAUUUACUUCAGUCAUCGCGACGACUACAAACACAAUGUCCGUCAUCUUGACCAGGCACGAGACAUCCUGUCUAAGGCGAAGAUGGCGGGAAAUCACGUUCUGUAUGCUCGGGUGGUGAAUUCGCUAGGAUUCGCUCACCACAACCACGCCAAGACCAAGAGGGGGCAAGAGUACCUCGGUUUGCUUCAGGAAAGUCUAGCAAUGCACAAAAAGGCACACGACAUCAUCAUCGGCGUUGUCGGACAAGAUAACCACUUUGACUGCGCUACGUAUCUCAUGAACAUCGGCGUGGUUAACUUGGACAUGGGCUGGCACUACAAAAGAGCUCGGCAGGCCACAGAAGCCGAUCAGGCCUUCAACAAAGCACUGGAGACAUUCUUUGAUGCAGAAAGACUCGUCAAGGCCAUGCGUCUGGAGAAGCAACACAACUACGGCCUUCUCCAGUACAACAUGGCCCGGUGUUACGAGGCUUUAGGAGACCUGGCAGAAGCAGUCAGUCGUGUGCAAAGAGCACAGGAAGUCUUGGAAAGCAUCUAUGACAGCCAUCCUGACAUCGCCGACUGUCUGUACUUCAUCGGGAAGCUGAGCAAGGAGAACAACGACCCGGAAACAGCCAGGACGUACUUCAAACUGAGUCUGGAGCACAACGAAGGACUAGGUGAUCGCCGUAAUGCAUAUGAAUGGGACAGGCUGAAGAAAGCCAUAAUGGCUUCCUGUCAGGAGCAGGAGAGAGAAUGGUAUCGUCAACGGUUUGAGAAAAUUGAUGGAACGCCCUACAGGGAACCACUAACAGCGGCAUUGGCAGGAUUUGGCGGCCGCAUGGUAGCCAGACUGCUGAGACCGCUGCAUACCUUCAUCAAAGAUGUCUGGACGCCUUAUCCGUGAUGGUCUCCAUGGUCUUAGGGAACGCUAAUUUUUAUGUCGUCAUCUGGACCGAAAAAGAUCAAGAAACCUUCAUAUUUUACUUGCCAUUAGCGGCUCAUGUCCACAUGAACUUUAUUCACUAUCUACAAAAUGUUCAAUCUUUAUACGUAUGUUGCAUCAAGAAAUGGAUUAAAUAUCCACAUUUCCUUUUUGCGCGACUGUAUUACUCCCUGAACAAUUAAAAACAAUCUGUGUGGCAUAUUGAAAAACGAUCUGGUUUACCAAACCAUUCUUUUUCCUUAUAAUAUGAUCAUUCCAUUUGUACAUUUGAAAAGUUCCCCUGCCCGUUAUACAAAUCUUAAGUCAAUAAAAAUAACGUGAAUCAGGAUAUUGAACAGUUCCUGAAUUUUCUCCCAAUCUUGUACAACAUAUGAACUUACGUUCAUUAUCUUUCAUCUUUUUAAUACGAAUUCUAGGUGUUUGGAAAUACCUACAUUAGUUCACUCUUUUUUUUUAAUAUAAUUCAGGCUUUCACCACAUGGCCUUGAGCUUGCAUCCUUAGGUGUUGUUUUUAUAAAAUUGUAUUCUGCAUUCUCGGAUCUGUUUUGGGGUCUUACCCAUACACCAAACAUCGCAAAGAUCUAUGCAUAACUCGACAGGCCCCCCUCACGUGUUGCUUAUACGUUUUAUUUAUAUUUUUCAAAAGGUUACAUGUAAGUAAAG